UCCUUUUCUAGGGCGGUCGCACUGGCAGCGGUGGUGGGAAGCCGGCCUUAGCCAACAUGUACUACAAGUUUAGCAGUUUCACGCAGAAGUUGGCUGGGGCUUGGGCUUCGGAAGCCUAUACUCCGCAGGGGUUAAAGCCGGUUUCCACGGAAGCACCGCCUAUCAUAUUUGCCACACCGACCAAACUGACCUCCAGUGUGACAGCAUAUGAUUAUGCUGGAAAGAACAAAGUUCCAGAGCUGCAGAAGUUCUUCCAGAAGGCUGACGGCGUGCCCAUCCACCUGAAACGAGGCCUUCCCGACCAAAUGCUUUACCGAACCACCAUGGCUCUGACAGUGGGAGGGACCAUCUACUGCCUGAUCGCCCUCUACAUGGCUUCGCAGCCCAAAAACAAAUGAGUUUGCCUGUGGAGGACUGGUUCACUUUGUGGCACAAACCCUUUGAAUUCUCACAUUUCAUGUUUUUCCACUUGGAUAGUCUACUUAACAUUUUGCAAACAAAGGAAAAGAUAAGAAUAUCCUGUUUUGGUUUGUUUAUGGCGUGCAGAUGGCCUGUCAGAUGUCAGAGCUUGUUUGGCAGUUAAAACUAUUGUUUAAGGAGAUGACACUGAGUCAUCACUGAGCUGUGCUUCUGCUCCUGAUCUCCCUGGAGAUUCUGGAUGAAAGCUGCUCAUGGCCAGCAGUGCUCAGGGCCUCCGGGACCCAGCAGUGUCUGAGCAGGAAGCACAGAAGCCUUUUGGGUGUAGGUGUGAUUGAGGAAGGAAGACAGAAGCCAGAGGACAGGCAGGUGAAAUGAAGGCUUGUUAGCCACCUGGGGGAUUGCGAUACCUUGCAGGAAAAUGUUAAUAGAUAUUACUUGCAACCUGCCUCUAUUUAUUGGGCAGUUGGUUUCAAAGGGUUAUUUGCCUCGCCCAGACCUUAGGGAAAUAUGUAUUUGUUCCAUCAUGGGAAAGAACACCUGUCAGUGUUCCACUGUAGACAGCUGUACCAGGAAUUCUCCUUUAAUAAUGCUGUGGCUUUAAGUUAUGAUUUACUUGACUGCGGAAUAAAUACAUUAAAAAAAGA